AAUUGGGCAGCUAUUGAAUUCAUUCCUUAGAUAAAGAAUGUUGGUUGUAUUUUAGGAACUAUAAACGUUCAUGUCUCUAGGACUUCCUUAUUAGAAUUUUUCUGAGAAAAUUGACAGCUAUAACGGGCAUAAAUUGGUCAGAAUUUGUCAUUCUUGAGGACCAACUGUUGCUUGAGACUGAAAAACUAUCUAAGGCCAAAAAAUUCAUACAUCGUUGUCCAAGAACUCAUUUAAUGAAUAUACUGUGGUUUCAAUAAUGCCGGGCAUUAAUUUUUGUGGAUUUAUAGUGAAAAUCACAGUUUCAAGGAUACAUGAGUUAGAAGCCAAUAAUUCUAGUUAUGAAUACAUGUUCUUAGAAAUUGCACUUCAAUGAAGAUUUAAUUUUGUGGAGUAACUCAACAACAAAUUUCUUGAAAUUUACAGGUAGUACUGGCUCAAAGGAUGGCAAAACCAAACUUGAUACUUAUUGAUCUUAAUUCUGAUGAAGAGGAGGAAGAAAAUGGCCACCAGGAAAACUGCCACAGAACAGAAAGCCCAGAAAUGUUGGUAAUUACGAAGCAAGCGGGCACUCAGCAACUUCCUACACUGAAAAAUGCAAACGAAAAGGAAGAACUUGUUAAAGGACCAAAGUAUGGGGAAAGUGAAAAAGGAAAAGAGUUACAAUUAGAACCAGAGCAUCUAGUAGAAAAGAAUAGACAAAGCCUAGGAACAAUUAUGAUUACUAAACAAGGGGAGACUCAGCAACAUCCUUCACUAGAAAAUGUGAACAAAAAUGGAGAACCGGGCAGGGCACCACAGUAUUGGGAAAGUAAAAAACAGUUACAGGUGAACCCACAGUGUCUUGCAGAAAAGGGUGGACAACCCCAACAACCAAAGCCAUAUUGGAACCCAGACAAAGGAACAAAGCAUUGGAAUGACAAAUAUGAUAAGAAAAAGUUGCCAUGGGACCUAAGACAAAAGUCUAGUGAGAAAAGUUAUGAAAGUCAGAAACAGGAAGUUACAGAAAAAGUCACUUUAAAAUUCAGAUUCGACAAAGGGCAAACAAGAUGCUACAAUAAGAACUCAAACCUUUCAAAAAAGGUUACAAAACUACAGAGUGAAUAUUUGAAAGAUAGGAGAGAUGGUGAUAGUUUCGAUAUUUUUGAAGAAAAUGAGUGCUUACUGAUAGAGAUAGUUGGAAGUGAAUCAUUUGGAAAAAAAUACCUCCAACAACUGCAGCAGUUGAGGAAUGAAAUGUGGACUGGGAGUUUUGAUUUGUUCAAGAUAAGUAAAGAAGAAUCAGAUGUUGCAUUGAUGUCACAUGGUUUACAGCGUGAGCGUGAGUUUAUAGCUAAGGCAGAAGGCUCUCUAGCUUGUGGAAUCAUGGUUGAGAAAAGCAGUGAAAGAGUCAAACAUUUUAUAUCCUCAUCUGAUCACUGCUUUGAUGAACACAGACAGUCAUCACUUCCGCAGUUUCCUCCACCAGAGGACUAUGGUCAGCAGAGAGAUGCAGACCAGGUGACCAUCCGAAAAACAACGAUCCAUGUGGUCAAUAAAGACAUUACACAGCAUAAGGCAAAGUGUUUAGUAAACUUUUUUGAUAAAAAAUCAGGCUUGUCAUCAAAGGGUGUUGUAUUUAGAAGGUUCAUGGAAAAGGGUGGAGAAGAUAUGUAUCGGUAUUUGAGAAAAUUAUAUGUGGGUGAGAGUGUGACAGUGACCCAGUCCAGCGGGGAUCUCGACUGUCAGUUUGUCCUUCAUGUGGCCCUUCCAGAAUAUCAAGGGGACUUUCCUUCGAAGGAACUACAAAAAAUAGUUCAAAGCUGUUUCAUACUGUGUGAACUUUAUGGUGAUCAUGACAUAGCCUUUCCCAGCUUAGGAGUAGGCCAUCUGUUGGGGUAUCCGGCGGAUCGUGUGGCAGACGUUCUCAUCAAGGAGAGUAUCUCAAUGGCUGAACAGGGCAACAAGUGGAAGAUUUCAUUUGCUGUAUAUGACAAUAAGAACUUUAAGAUUUUCAAACAACGUCUUUCACAGACUCCAGGUAUAAGCAGAAGUUAUUCCACACCUGAUCUCGAAGUGAAUCUUCCCACCACUCCAAUGACUGGACAAAGACUGGGGGGUCAGGACCGGGGGAGGAGACCUGAUACUGCACACCAAACCAUUCUGGUGCCAAAAAUUGAAAUAUAUGCAAUAUCUAAAGAAGAGGGGCUCUCUCGGAGAAGUGAACUCUCACAUAUGAUAAAAGAAAAAUAUUUACAUGAACAUAUUAUUAAGGAUAUUAAGACUGGAGAGUUAUCCAAGGAGGAUAAGAAAAGAGUGUAUGCUGUUGGUCAGAAACAUGGAGUAUUUGUUUCCCUAGAUAAAGAUAAACAUUGCGUUGUCCUGAAAGGAACCCCAAACAGUGUCAGUAAAACAGCCACAGAGAUAGGUAGCAUAUUAUCCUCAGCUAGUUCAGCUGUCAGUCCAAGGAGACGCAGAGAAAACCGUCAUCAACGGGGCACCUCCAGUUACUGGAAACAUCUGUUGGAGGAAAAUCCAGUUCCAGAGUAUUGGAAAUUCUUUCAGAAUGGGAAAAGUUUUCUUGAUAUCGUAACAGGCUUUAUCAAAGGCUCCACAGAAAAACGUUAUGAGGUGGAUCCCAAAACUUUUAAAGCAAUCUGCAAACUGGUGGAGGACACAUUCAAACCCGAAUUAGUGGGAGCGGGAGCUGAUGCUAGAAAUCUCAACCAUAAAAGAUUACGUGUGAAGAAAGUGGAGAUCAUUGAAAACUUGGAUUUGUUUAAAAUUUACAAUAUAAAACGUUGUGAAAUGUUGAAAAACAGCCUGAAUGAUAAGAGAAGUUUCCCGAAAAAACUUGAAAAAAUUCCAAGACGUGAAGGAAUACAAAAUGUAACAAGUAAAGGAGAAAUAACAACAGAAAAAAAUAUUAGUAAAAGGCUGAUGAAGGAUAUAAUUCCAGAACUGAAUGAAGUGUAUUUAUUUCAUGGCACAAAGAAGGAAUAUGUUGCAAAUAUCAUAUCUAAAGGGGUUGACCCUAAGUUAGGAAGUGAUGAGGGGAUGUUUGGUCGUGGCAUAUAUGGUUGUGAAAGCUCAACAAAAGCUGAUCAGUAUGCAGAUGACAAGGACAAAAGAGGGACAGAGGGAAGGAUGUUUCUGAUGCGUUUCUUGCUUGGGCACAUGUACCUAACCGAGAAACCCAACAAGUACAAGCUUCCUCCUUGUUAUCACUGCCGGAGAGAUAGCUGUACUAACCAAUCUCACCAGCCCUACGACUCCGUGGUGGGGGUGAAGCAGCAGUCUGGUGGGUUGUUCCGGGAGUUUGUGGUGUAUGAAAAGAACCAGUGCUACCCCGAAUAUCUUAUCACAUACAACAGAGAGAAUUAGAACUCUUGAACAGUCAAUACUUAAAAAAUUACUUUUUAUACCACACUUUUAAAUAUUAUUGGAUGGAUAUAACUUGAAAUGUUAAACAACUGUCUUUAGACUGUUAUAAGGAUACUUCUUAUGUUAGAAUUUAUAUGUUUAGUUUUUUUUUAGCAAACUUUUCUUUAGCUAAGUGCAGAUUUAAAAGGGCUGGAUGGCUGUGGUUAUUUUCAGACUUUGUUGAUCUCCUUAGGAAGAAGAGCUCUCACUGUAUAAAGAUAAAGGAACAUACUGUAGAAGCACAUAUUUUCGUUGGGUCAAAAUUUCUGGGGUUUUUUAACCAAAUAAAAUUCUGUUGGCAUUUAAUUUCGUCAUAUCGUAAUCUCUUUGUAUUCAUUAAAUAAUUUGGUUAAAAAUUUGUCAUGGAUUUAAUUUUGUUGAUUUAUGCUGCCAACGAAAAUAACAAAAUUUAAUUCUCAACGAAUAUUUCUGCUUCUACAGUACAUUGUAUUCAUAUUUUCUAAAAAGCUACAUAGAAUUUUUCUUUACUUCAUACAAUUAUUACAAAUAGAAAUUAUAUCUUUAAAAAACAUAAGGUAGAAAUGAUGGGCAACGUUAUCCACCUACUAGCCUCCUUAAAGAAUUGCAUGAUAUAACGGGUAAUAUUGUCAAUCAGGGUUUACAAGCACAAAUUUAUUUUAUUUUGAUGCAGUGCUAUAAAAAGAUAAUUUUAAAAACAAUUUUGAUUAGAUCUGACUAUUAUAUAAUGAUAUAAAAUUAUUUAAAACUCGUUAACCUAAAUGAUGUCAGACCUAAUAAAUAUCAAUACAGUAAAACACAGUUAUAAUGAACACACUUAUAAUGAAUUGACGCUUACAGCGAAGUGAUUUUCAUUCCCCGUGACUAUAUUAUAAUUAUGUUGUGAACUUGACGAAUAUAAUGAAUUACGCUUAUGAUAAAGCAAAAUCACCCAUCCCUGGCACUUUGUAAUAACCUUGUUUUACUGUAUCAAUGUCAGCUACUAAUAAUACAGCUGGUAUUUUUUUCAUAAAGUAUCAAAAAUUAAAUCCUAGCAAUAUGCACACCUCUGAUAUAUGUACAAUUGAUCUUCAAAAACAGCAAUUUCCUAUCUUGAAAACUGUUAGGGUAGUUAUCUGUACAAUAGAGGUACA